AUGUCUCCCUGGAGACGGCUUGUAUCUACCUGCCUUGCAUUCUCGCUGUGGGGCACUUCACUGGCACAUGGUGAGACGAAACAUAUCUCCAACGAGUUAUUUGACUCUUUAGAGGAGUUAUCUCGUCUAGUAGAUAUCUCCUACUGCGUGGGCACAUCCGGCGUGCAGAAGCCAUUCAAGUGCCUCAGCCACUGCGAGGAAUUUCCAAAUCUCGAACUAAUAACGACCUGGAGCACAGGUGUGCUUCUCUCCGAUUCCUGCGGCUACGUGGCACUCUCGCACGCGCCAGGACAAAAACGCAUUGUCGUUGCUUUCCGCGGCACAUACUCGAUCACAAAUACGAUUAUCGACUUAUCCGCCGUUCCACAAGAGUACGUGCCCUACCCGGGAAACGGCGACGAAGAAGGCGAACAACAAGACGCGAGGCAGCCAGAGAAAUGUCAGAACUGCACCGUUCACGCUGGAUUCAUGUCUUCAUGGCGUAAUACCCGCGAAACAGUCCUGCCGCACAUUGCAGACGCGCUCGCUAAGAAUCCAGAUUAUGACGUAACCCUUGUCGGCCACUCGCUGGGCGGAGCCGUGGCCGCACUAGCCGCACUGGAGAUGCAAGCAAUGGGCUGGAACCCGCAAGUGACGACAUUUGGAGAACCGAUGGUUGGCAACGCUGGAUUUGCAGACUUUCUCGAUAAACAGUUCGGACAGGGCAAUUAUAGCGAGUCAAAUGCAAGCCGCGAUCCUGAGCACCGGCAGUUCCGCCGCGUGACGCAUAUUGAUGAUCCGAUCCCUUUACUGCCUCUGAGUGAAUGGGGGUAUGCGCCUCAUGCGGGUGAGAUUUUUAUUUCGCGCCCUGAGUUACCGCCCACUGCUGAGGAUAUACAUAUUUGUAUUGGAAGUCAGGAUCCGAGAUGUAUUGCGGGCUCUGAUUCGCCGGAGUCUCUGCAGGAUGUAUGGCGAGACAUCAAUAUUCCCGUGGAUGUCCAGGAUGACACGCCCAGCGGAGACGAAGACCCAUGUGUGGAAGAAAAUGAGGAAUCUUUACAGGGUGUGGACCACCAGGUUGUUCUUGGGAAACAGAGAGGCGCAGGGUCGUCGAAAUGUACACCUGCCGAUGAUGAUGAAAAUGCGCCCUUGUUUCCUCGAAGCUGGUCGCUGAUUCCGGCGAGAUAUCGCCUUUGGGAACUUUUCUUUGCGCAUAGGGAUUAUUUCUGGCGUAUUGGGUUGUGUUUUCCUGGGGGAGAUCCGACAGGGUGA